AUUAUACACUCUCUCCCUAUCCUCACCCAACACCCUCCACUCUCUCCACUCCACCGGUCAAUUGCACUCCGCAGCAAUUAACCGUCAUCGCCAUGCGUGCCAUUAGUCUCGCCGUGGCCCUCUUCGCCCUCUUCUCCGGCCUGUACAACUACCUGAACGCCCGCCUGGAGCAAUUCUACAUCUUCGACCACGCUCACCUGCACGACCUCUCCCAGCGCGCCAUUGCCGCCCACGGCAACGACACCCGCGCUGUCGUGAACUAUAUUGUCGCCGAGCUGGACGAGAAGACUCCCGGCACCUACAUCAACCACGAAGAGGAAUGGGUGUUCAACAACGCCGGCGGUGCCAUGGGCGCCAUGUAUAUCAUCCAUGCUAGUAUCACGGAGUACCUGAUCAUUUUUGGAACCGCCAUCGGCACCGAGGGUCACACCGGCCGCCACACGGCGGACGACUACUUCAACAUCCUGCAGGGCACGCAGCUGGCGUACGUGCCGGGCGCCUACGAGCCCGAGGUUUACCCGCAGGGCAGCGUGCACCACCUGCGCCGCGGCGAGGUCAAGCAGUACAAGAUGGACGCGUCUUGCUUCGCGCUCGAGUACGCCCGCGGCUGGAUCCCGCCCAUGCUGUUCUUCGGUUACGCCGACACCUUCUCCAGCACCUUGGACUUCCCGACGCUGUGGGCUACCUCGCGCAUCACCGGUCGUGAGAUGAUCUCCAACUUGCUCAAGGGGAAGUUCUAAGCGGACUGUCUAAGCUGAGCUUGUUGAGAGGAUUGAAGCGUGUGUAGGCUGAGUUUGUCACGAAGAUGAAAAGAGCAAAUGUGUAUACUACCUUAAGAUUCUUUUGUUGUCCUUAGAUUUUGAAUCGGUCGGCAGACCUCUUUCUGGCCUUCUGUCUGGGGGCAUUGGUCGAUAGAACUUUAAAAAUAUAUCU